AUGGCUGCGGCCGUCACAAUGGUCGCCGGGGCCGCCUCCAAAGCCAGCAGCGGGAGCCGGACGCUGACGGGCAACCGGACGCUGACGGGCAACCGGACGUUAGAGCUGCCGGCAGGCGUGUACCGAACGCCUUUGUAUGGCGGUAUAAACGACUAUGCGUACUACUUUGUGGACGUGUUGGUUGGGAAUCCGCCCUCCAGACAGUCGGUGAUCCUGGACUCGGGCAGCUCGCUGUUGGGCUUUCCUUGCACGACCUGUGGGCGACGUUGUGGGCGGCAUAUCGACAGUCCUUUCGACUUAGCGGCUUCGAGUAGUUCGCAAACCUACACGUGUCGCGAUCAGCGUUGCGUCUCGACGGAGUCGUGUUCGGAAGCGGGGCAGUGUCGGUACUCCCAGGUGUAUUCGGAGGGCUCUUCGAUCGAGGGUUUCUUCUUCUCCGACGUUCUGUCGCUCGCCGCGAGUGACCCGGGUCGGCCGAACCCGCGUGUGCGCUACGACUACAUUGGCUGCCACAACAAGGAGACGGUGUUAUUUACCAGUCAACAGGCCUCAGGCAUCCUGGGCGUUUCCUUUCCCCGAGGGGGCAAGCAACCGACCGUCAUGGACGGGUUUAUGGGCGCUCCAGGCGCACGUCGGAGACAGUUCGCCAUCUGCGCGGCGGAAGACGGAGGUGUACUCUUAAUAGGCGGCUAUGACGCCUCCCUUAACAAAGCCAGCUUCAGCAAAAACGGCAGCUCCACCUUCACCAGCCGCUGGCUCCGUGGUUGGAACAAACUCCCGGCCACCGUGGACCAAGCGAAUCGCGACAUCGUGUGGGCCAAAAUGGUAAACAACAAUGCCUAUGCUAUUAGCGUCUCUGGCAUCUCUACCCUUACCCCUGCAGCCGAACCCGGCGCAUCCCCGAAGUACAACAAACUCGUCGAAAGAGGCUUCGGUGAAGUACUCGUCGAUAGUGGCACCACCUACACCUACCUACCCAACGAGGUCUACCAGAAGGUUGCUAGGUAUUUAAUUGACGUUUGUAAUAACAAUAAUGUUGCCCGGGAUGACCAACGAGCCGGCCAGUGUAUGAGGUCCAAACAAGACUUGGUCUGCUUCGACUUCUCCGCUACCAGCCUACCCAUCCCCACCCUCCUACAAAGACUGCCCUCGCUCAGCCUAGAGCUCACCGAUGGCGCUGUAAUUGAAUGGAACCCUGAAUCCUACUUAUUCAGGAAAACAGACACGUAA